AUGGAGCCACCAAGCCAAAGCUCGAACUUCAACAAGCAGCCAAGGAGAGAAAACAACUAUUGCUCACAAUGCAACAAAUGCAAUCAAUGCCAUCGAGGCGAGUGCAACAACCACAACUGCUUCACCUGUGGAAAGUCGGAUCAUUUUUCCAGGCACUGCUCAAAUCAUGGUCAGAAUAGAGGAAACGACCAACCAAAGCCAAUAGGAACUGCACCGCAAGUCUAUGCACUUACCCAAGGAGAUAAAGGAUCUGGAACUUCUGACAUGGUGUCAGGUCAGCUUUAUGUGGCUAAUAACUCAGCAUAUGUAUUGAUGGACACUAAUGCAUCCCAUUCUUUUAUUGCUGCAUCUUAUGUUGAUAUGAUAGACAGGAAGCCUGGGCCUAUGGAAAAUGUAUGUGGUGUAUCCUUACCUUCGGGGGAGGAUAUGAUGGUACGGUCUCGGGUUAGAGUUGUACCAGUCUGGGUAGAAGGUCAGGAGUUGACCAUGGAUUUGCUAGUUUUAGAUUUACAUGAGUAUGAUGUUAUUUUUGGUAUGGAUUGGCUAACCAAAUACGGGGCGGUGGUGAAUUGUAAAUGA